CAGAAGUGGUUGCGAGAUAAUGGGGUUAGAUUCAUUCUGCAUCUCAGCAUAAGUGCAUCAGUGAAAUAACAGUGGUUUGUUUUUUUCUGUGCCUUCAUCUUCUUGUUUUCUUACAUCACUCAUCUCAGUUCAGCGUCGGUUCCUUGCCAGUGCUGUUCCUGUUGCCUCUGACCCUCUGCAGUGAUGCAUUAGCAGCAAUGCAACAGCUAUACUACCGGAGGAAGGACAAUGGGUACCACCACGAUCGGAUCCCGCUGCGCAUUGUGCGCACGGAAGCAGAGCUGUCGCCCAUGGAGAAAGCGUACCUGCGGGCCGUGGAGCGGGGUGACUACGCCAGUGUCCGGCAGGCUCUGCAGGAGGCAGAGAUCUACUUCAAGAUCAACAUCAACUGCGUGGACUCGCUGGGCCGCACGGCGCUGCUCAUCGCCAUCGAGAACGAGAACCUGGAGAUAAUCGAGCUGCUGCUCAGCUCCAACGUGUACGUGGGGGACGCCCUGCUGCACGCCAUCCGUAAGGAGGUGGUGGGGGCCGUGGACCUGCUGCUCAACCACAAGAAGACCAGCAAAGAGAAGCAGGUGCCUCCAAUUUUGCUGGACAAGCAGCUUUCCUACUUUACACCGGACAUCACACCCAUCAUCCUGGCAGCCCACACCAACAAUUACGAGAUCAUCAAGAUGCUGCUGCAAAAGGGGGUAUCGGUACCCCAGCCACACGGGGUGCGCUGUAACUGCCCGGAGUGCUCGUCCAACUCCGACGUGGACAGCCUGCGCCACUCCCGCUCCCGCCUGAACCUGUACUGGGCUCUGGCCAGCCCCUCGCUCAUCGCCCUCUCCAGCGAGGAUCCCUUCAUCGCUGCCUUCCACCUCAGCUGGGAGCUCAAGGAACUGAGCAAGAUGGAGAUUGAGUUCAAGUCAGAGUACGAGGAGCUGUCGCAGCAGUGCAAGAUGUUCGCCAAAGACCUGCUGGACCAGACACGCAGCUCACGCGAACUGGAGAUAGUGCUAAACUUCAAGGACAACGUCACACCACUGAAUAAUGAGAGCAGCAACGAUCUAGCACGACUGAAGCUGGCCAUUAAGUACUACCAAAAGGAGUUUGUCGCUCAGCCCAACUGCCAGCAGCUGUUGGCAUCACGCUGGUAUGGCGAAUUUCCAAGCUGGAGGAAGCGCCACUGGUUCAUGAAGCUCCUCACCUGCAUCUUCAUCGGCCUCCUCUUUCCCUUCUUCUCCCUCUGCUACCUGGUGGCCCCCCGGAGCCGCUUGGGCCUCUUCAUCCGCAAGCCCUUUAUCAAGUUCAUCUGCCACACCACUUCCUACCUAACGUUCCUCUUCCUGCUCCUGCUCACAUCCCAGCACAUGGUCUGCACGGACCCUAGCAUCAUGGGACCCUGGCCCACCAUUGUGGAGUGGAUGAUCCUCCCUUGGGUCUUAGGUUUUGUAUGGACCGAGAUCAAGCAGAUAUGGACUGAUGGACUACAAGACUACAUCAACGACUGGUGGAAUUUUAUGGACUUUGUCAUGAAUAGUCUGUACCUGGCCACCAUUUCCCUUAAGAUUGUGGCCAUUUAUCAAUACAACGAGACACAGCAGAGGGAGACAUGGGACAUGUUGCACCCUACCCUAAUGGCCGAGGCCCUCUUCGCUAUCGCCAACAUCUUCAGCUCACUGCGGCUCAUCGCUCUCUUCACGUCCAACGCCCACUUGGGCCCGCUGCAGAUCUCGCUGGGCCGCAUGUUGCUCGACAUCCUCAAGUUCCUUUUCAUCUUCUGCCUGGUCCUGUUUGCGUUUGCCAAUGGCCUUAAUCAGCUCUACUUCUACUACAAGAACCCAAAUUCUGUCUUCACAACAUUCUUCAAGACCUUGCAGUCUCUUUUCUGGUCCGUGUUUGGGCUGGUUAGUCUUAACGGAACUAGUGUCAUCCCGCAACACAAGUUCACCGAGUUUGUGGGUGCCACAAUGUUUGGCACCUACAAUGUCAUCUCUCUGGUGGUGCUCCUCAACAUGCUAAUAGCAAUGAUGAACAACUCUUACCAGCAAAUUUUUGACCACGCAGAUAUCGAAUGGAAAUUUGCACGCACAAAGCUGUGGAUGAGCUACUUCGAGGAAGGGGGAACGCUGCCUUCCCCCUUUAAUAUAAUUCCCAGCCCCAAAUCUAUCUGCUACCUCAUCAGAUGGAUUAGGAAGCACUUAUGCAAAAGGACAGUAUCAAAAAGAAGAGAGAACGACGCUGCCGCAGAGCGACAAAGAUCUGAAAUCAUGAGAACAAAUAAUCAGUAUCAGGAUCUGAUGAGACAUCUGAUCAAAAGGUAUGUGGCUGCUAUGAUCAGAGACGCCAAAAAGGAGGAGGGCCUGACAGAGGAGAACUUCAAGGAACUGAAACAAGACAUUUCCAGUUUCCGAUACGAUGUUCUGGGUUUGAUGAAAGGGAAUGACUCAGUUCUCCCAGGAGAAAAAUUUAGGGAUGGUUGCUCUAAGUGGGGGCCGACUCACCGCGGACUCAACAACGCUCCAGCGCCCCCUGCUGGUCAAGAGAGGAGAAAAGUUAACCUGCACAACGGUGCCCUCGUGCAUGAGAACUCUAAUCCCCGCAGACUUCCAGAUGUUCGCCAAGUGCUGCCCUCCUGUGGCUCCAUUGAAGGGGACCUACAGGAGCGGGAAAAUGGAAACAAUGAGGGCUGAUUGGAUGUCGAGUCCCAGCUGGAAGAGAGUUUGCAAAGUGUGGCAGGAAUCUGCUACGGGAAGCUCACAGAAACGGAAGAUCAGAUCCACAUGUGAUCUACCUGGGACACCCCUGACAAUCUCUGCACAACGUGCAUCAUACAUGUGCAGUUAUAACGGACGAGAAAGCUGUGUUUCGGAGUUGUUUUCUUGGAAAAUAAGUUGAGGGAGAGAGUGUUGCUUAUAGUAUCUCUACAGCCUGCGCAGACUUGAAAAAAAAAAGAGCAAUGUAUACUGUAAAUCCUCACCCUGAUCUACACGCCUUGGCAUGCAGGCAAACUGAAGGCAGGCAAGUUUCUAUGCGUGCAAAAUAUGAUGCAAAGCAUAUGGGAGCGAUUCAAACACUUCUGAGAGUACUGACCCCCAGUGAGAUUCCUCACACAAACACACCCGAAUCACAACAUCCACUCAUAACUUCUAAGCAUCGGCCACUACACAAACAUUAAUAAAAAUAAUAAUAAAACAAAUUAAUCCAAAACAUGAAGAGGAAUGCACACAAAGUAUACUGAACCACCCUCUUAAGGUUUUUUUUCUAAUUUUUUGUUAUCAUCUUGUUAUUGUGAAGUUUGUGUGUGCGAGUAAGGAAAUCCACCGAAGACCAACAUAUGCUGCAAUGAGGAAUGACAGCAAGAGACUCCAGUAAAGAAGCUUGUUUCUGUGAUCUUCAUGUAUGUAAUAAAAUGGU